AUGGCCGAUGCAAAGGCCGUCGCCAAGGCGGAGCUCAAGUCGAAAGACUUCGUGCCCAGAGGCAACAAGUCAUCUUCCCCGUUGAACACAACCUUGUAUCUUGGUCUUCGAGCCCUGGACUGCUACAUUCAAUAUCUCAUUCUCUCCCGAGCAACAGGCUCCUUCAUCAUCAAGUUUUUUGGCGGCAGCAUCAUUCCACAUGGACCUCCUGUCGAGGCAGGCUUCAUGCACAUUGAAAAGCUCGGGCUUUCGGGAUACAGGCUGCUGCUUCUCUUCAUGGACAUCCUCGCCGCCGCAAAGCACUUCUGGUUUGUCUUGACAGUCGCAGAAGAGGCCUGGACUUUAACGGGUGCCAUUGUUGUGGGUCUCGACAACAUAUUCUUCGACACGCUCAACAACCUGCUGUUCCUCUGUGCUGCCACUUCGGCAGCUUCCUCAAAGGCCGGUGGGGAGACGUUGGCCAACCCGUAUCUCGCCACCGGCUUCAUUAUUUUUGCCGUUGGUCUCGUCACGGAGUGUGUUUGCGAGAUUGAUCGCAAGGUGUUCAAGAAGAACCCAAUGAACAAGGGGAAGCCGUAUACUGGCGGCCUGUUCUCCUUGGUUCGUCACCCCAACUACACGGCAUUCACGAUUUGGCGUUCUGGGCUGGCGCUUGCUUCCGGCGGCAUGAUAUAUGGCAUGUCGAUUGCCAUGUUCUUCAUGUGGGACUUUUCCAACCGUGCUGUUCCGGCUUUGGACGAGUAUUGCACCAAGAGGUACGGCGAUAUGUGGGCCGAGUAUAAGCGAAAGACUCCAUUUACCAUGAUCCGAUACGUACUUUGA